AUGGGAAAAGCUUAUUUACUCACUGAAGUGACUUUGAAAACCCUGGAAAGAGCCACGGCAUUUAAGGUGAAGGAGGAGGAGCUGCAUUGCAUUGCUUCCAUCUCUGCCAGCGCCAGCUCCCAUGGGAUCUCUGAUGAAAACUCUAGGCAGUCCGAACAAACAAAAGACAAAGGUCUCAAGGAUUGCGAGAAGUUCUUGGCCAAGGCCAGCCGGAGGGUUCUGAUGGUGACCAAUAUAAUGAUCAGGGAUGCUAGCUGCCGCCAAGGACUCCGAUUAUGCUGUGGUGAACUAGAGCAAAUUGAGGUGCAAUGGCGGUGCAAGGAGAUAAGGAGGCUGGUGAAGCAACAGCUAGGAGAGUUAAGAGGUAAAGAAAUGCAAGAGAUGUUGCUGAAGGCAAAAAACUUGCCAGCUUUGUGCUGCAUGGGAAUCGGCCGUUGUGAUAGUCGACCGUUCUGGUUUUAG